AUGGUUAUUGCACAGUGCAAUUGUCUUUCUGUGUGCGAUCCGUUGACUGAUUCUGGAUCAUCCGUCAUCCCCUUGCGCCCUUGCACACUUUUUGCACCAUGGAAGCUGGAUCGUCCACUUGGUCUGCCGCCUCCGUAUUGGCCGUGGACUGCUAUCAGAUUUCGUCCCUCCAAUUUGCACUGCGCAAAUGUCUAUAUACAUAAUGACCGUCGUCCACUUCCUGUUGUUGUUACCUGGGUCAAGACCCUGUGUCAAGACGUCCUUCACCAAGGGAAGCAGGGGUUUCUGGAUCCGUUCAACACUUCUAUCCCACUUCAACAGCAUAUGCCUCUUCGCGAAGAGCAUUCGACUCCAAGGUGUCCUCGCCUGCCUGAAACCGCGCAGAGUGUGCUUGUAUCCUUCAAUCUUCAAUCAACAGACAAGGAAGGUAUUGGGAAAGACCCCCAACAUGCCUUCAUCACGCGAUCGACAGCCCGCUACCAAAACAUAUCGUCUGCAGGACAAUCAUCGGGAGUUCCUUUGACGGAAUCGAACCUAGCCGCGCACAACGCCCAAGUCCAGGCACGGGACUCUCCUCUGCGCCGUUGGUACUCCUCGACAGAUGACACAAUCUUUCAAGCCAGAGACGGGUAUGGGUGGGCUCGACUCGUCGAAAGUGAUCCUCUUGCGGCGGAGAUCGAUGCAAUCCUGAGAGAGAGGGGCCAGAAGAAGUGA